AUGGCUCCCGAUCGCAUCGCCAACGCCAUCGACAGCCUCAUAGCCCACCUGGUCCCUCAAAACCCGCGCGAGGAUGAGUCGGCGGCCCGGGAGCGCCACGAUGCGUGCUUUGCAGUCGUCAAGUCCGUCAUAGACAGCCCCCCGAGCCCGGCCAUUUCCUCCGACGUCAACCACGCCUCGGAUCUCAUCAAGCGAAAGCUCAUCCAGAGCAACCCCAGCCAGGCGCUGCGGUUUUCCAACCUCUACUCUCGACUUCUCGCCCUGCCCGUGCUCGAGCACAAAUGGGCCAUCCUCUACCUCCUCUACCAACUCGCCGACUCGCCCGAUCCCAGCGAACCGCUACCCCCGAGCCCAAUCAAGCCGUCGGCGCCCAACUAUCGCGAUGCCGUCGCUCGAGACGCCGUGGCACGUCAAGGCCGUGAACCUCCAAGGGCAUCGGCCUCUGUUUCCAGGUUCGAGGACGAGCAAUUCAAGGACGCUUUCCAGCCCGAGGGAUUGCCCAGGUUUCCUCCAAAGGAGGCCAAGCAAGGCGCAGACAACUACACCGAAUUCGACCCGCCUGAAACCGUCAUGCUGCGCGAUCUGCCCUUUACUCUCCAAGGCCUUUCUUCCACGUCUCUACCCUUUCUAAACCAAGAUACCCUCAAGCUGCCGCCGACUCUCCCCCUGCCAUUGAUAUCUAUCUUGCACACCCUUGCCGAGCCCGCUCUGCUGUACCGCCGCUUGCGUUCCGCCAUCGGCAGCGAGCUACGCUCGUACCUGAGCUUGAUUGCCACGCUCGAGGGACAGAUUCGGAGGGCACUCUCAUCCUUGGACGAGAAUUUACCCCGGGAAGGCAUCGGCAAAGCCGGCGUCACGCUGAAAAGAUGCGUCGUGUGGACUCGCGAAGCCACCAUGGGCUUGCGGCUGAUGUGUCUUAUCGCGGAGGAGUCUGAGGACAAAAAGGGUGGCCAGCUGAUUUCACUUAUCCACAGCUUCUCGUCGUCACACGGAGAUCCUCUCGUCGCUGCCUUUGCCGAACGAUUACUGGGGAGCUUCACGGGGCCGUUCUAUAACAUCCUGCGGCACUGGAUUUAUGAUGGAGAGCUGGUGGAUCCGUAUGCCGAGUUCUUUGUCAAGGAAAAGACACCGACCGCCGACGACGCUGCCAAGAAGAAGGGAGCCGGCAACGUAUGGGAGGACAAGUACGACAUUGAUCAAGCCAUGAUCCCGACCAUCAUUACUCAAGAUUUCGCCCACAAGGUAUUCCUGAUUGGCAAAUCGCUCAACUUCAUCCGUCACAGCUGUGGCGAUUCGCUCUGGGUGGAAAAGUACUCCAAAGCCGCUUCCAAGGAGCUGCGGUACGGCGACACGGCCACGCUCGAGGCAUGGAUCGACGAAGCUUACAAGACGACUAUGAGGCGUCUCAUGGAGCUAAUGGCCGACAAGUUCCACCUCUUCGACCACCUCCAGGCCCUAAAGAGAUAUAUCCUUCUGGGCCAGGGAGACUUUAUAGCCCUACUCAUGGAGUCGCUGGCAGCAAACCUCGACCGGCCUGCUGGCGCCCAGUAUCGUCACACCCUCACCGCCCAGCUGGAGCAUGCGAUUCGGGGCUCGAAUGCGCAGUACGACUCGCCAGAGGUGCUUCGCCGCCUCGAUGCGCGCAUGCUGCAGCUGUCCCACGGCGACAUUGGCUGGGACUGCUUUACCCUCGAAUACAAAAUCGACGCUCCCGUCGACGUCGUGGUAACGGAAUGGGGGAACCGGCAGUACCUCAAGGUGUUCAACUUUCUGUGGAGGAUCAAGAGAGUCGAAUUUGCAUUGCUGACCACGUGGCGGAAGUGCAUGACGGGCUCUCGCGGUGUCCUCCAGAACUCGGAUCCCGUGGUGAUGCAGACGUGGAAGUCGACGCGCGGCGUGCUAGCCGAGAUGAUUCACUUUGUGGGCCAGCUGCAAUACUAUAUUCUGUUUGAAGUGAUUGAGUCGUCCUGGGGUGAGCUGCAGAAGCGCAUCCAGAAGGAAGACUGCACGCUCGACGACCUCAUCAAGGCACACGAACGCUAUCUCGACGACAUCACGCACAAGGGCCUCCUGGGGGCCAAGCGGCGGCAGCACGGCACCGACGAGGACGACCGCGCCUCAUACCUGGCACAGCUGAGCGACAUUCUGCGCUUCAUGCUCAACUACCGAGACUCGGUCGACGGGCUCUACAGCUGGAGCGUCUCCGACUUCACGCGGCGGCAAGAAGCCGACGUUCGCGGCUCGUCGCGGCUCGAGGCCAUCGACGACAGCGCCUUCGGGAGCGGCGUGUCGUCCGAGUUCCCCGUGCUGCGGGAGCGGCUGCGGCAGCUUGGGUCCUCGUUCCGGACGAGGGUGCAGAUCUUGCUGGGCGACUUGGCGUACCAGCCCGACGUGGACAUGCGUUUCCUGGGGGUGGCGAUGAACUUCAACGACGUGUACCAGCCGGCGAGGCGGAAGAGCAAGAUGGCGCUGGUGCCACAGACGGCCGGCACGUCGGCAAACACGUCCAAGGGAUGA